CCUCGAUCGAGGCAAACACUGAAGCCAAAGGACGUUAGGCAGAAUAUCGAAUUGCUCAUGUCCUCUCAUGCAAUGCUCUCGGCCUACAUAUAAAACGAGCAAGGACAUCCACAUUCUUCGUUAUGAGCAGCUGAGCGAUACCUGCAGCACAAACGACAGACUUCAAGAUGGGGUUCCUUUCACUUGCUACGUUUCUGCUUUUUACACUCUGUUUUGCCCAAGAAUGCUUCCAAGAUAACUGCCUUCGAGCAGUCGGCGGGACGCGACGAGGACCAAAUCACCCUGCUACGGGAACCAGCAAUUGCAUGAACUACAUGACAACCUCAGUCCUAGUGGACCCAAUCAUCAUCACCACAACUGUUACCGUCCCAUCGACAUUGACGGUAGUCCCACCAUGCUCUACGACUUCUGGUUCAUCCUUUACUACCGUUAGCACGACCGCUUCUCCUAACAAGAAACGAGAUCCAGUUCCUCAAGUUUCAACUAUCACAGCUAUUAUAACGCAUGGAAGCAUCCCGUUCUACGCUACAAGUGCCUGCACGGACGAACAUUACUCGAGUGCCUGUUCUUGCCUGGGUGUCACUCCCGCAUUCAUUACCACUACAAGCGCUACUAUAAUACGUACUGUAACUUUGAUUAUCACGCGCUCAACCGUUAUGCCUUGCACAACACUGGCCACCCGAAAAACCACCUCCAUAUCGUCGACCCCGGUUACGUCGCUAAAUUCAACAACCUCAGUUCCUGAUAGCUCUAUGUCUUCAACGACCUCAACCUACAAUAUCACGUUAACCAAAGGCACCUCAACUUCAACGACGGUGAUCACUUUAACUGCUCCGACACAGGGCACAGGUACUGGUUCAUCUGGUACAUCUCCUCUGUCGACAAUAUCCACUUCAAGAUGCACGACGACCUCUGGGUAUACGACAAGGCCUCCGUAUGCAAAUAGCACUACAUCCACCACACAAUAUACAGGGCCAACUUUUACGACAUCGACGACUACAUCACUGAAUGUGACGAGCAGCAUAUUCAACCGACGGAGGGGUUUGGCAGCUGGUGACCGUUUGAUGUUUGAGGCUUGA